UUAAUAAAUAAAUAAGCGAAAAUUAAUAUAUUUUGUGUGCCUAUAAGAAACCCACUCACCCGCCAAAUUCUCUCUCUCUCUCGGCAGGAAAGUUUUGGAGGUAUUUAAAGUGAUUUGGAUUUCUUAACAAUGUUGAACAAACUGCUCUCAGAUGCUGAUGGGCAAUUUAAUGUUAGUUUUGGCUACCAAUGCACUGUGAAUGAAGGACAUCCGAAUAAUGGUUUCGGAGAUGCAUCAUUUGAAGGACUGGGAAAAAUGAAGAAGAUUACAAGAAAGAGCUCAUUUUCUUUGCUAACUUGUGCUGCUGUGAGUGCUAAUUGCACUCUAGCAAACACAAAUAUUUGCCAUGGUCUUAUAGGAGCAGGAUUAUUGCCUUGUUUGGAUUCGCCGAAGACGUUCAGGAAAGUACCGUCUUCGCCAUCACUAUCAAGUUCAGAUAUAUUAUCAUCUUCUUUGCAGUAUAAUGGAUGCCUAUCUUCUCAGAGUGAUUGUUCAGAAUGGAAUCUGAAUGCUUUAAAAGCCGACAAGUGUCCUGCAAGAAGUCAUGGUUUUCUCAAUGCGAGGGAAGUGCAAUUGGCUGGUGGAGCAGCUGGUGAAGAUAGAGUUCAAGCCUUUUGUUCUGAAGAAAAUGGAUGGCUUUGUUGCGCAAUAUAUGAUGGAUUCAAUGGAAGAGACGCCGCUGAUUUUCUAGCCGGAACUUUAUAUGAGAAUAUUGGAUUGCAUUUGAAUGUGUUGAAUUCACAGUUGAAGCAUGGCAUUGAGACAGAUGGGUUAUUUGAAUAUGAAGAUAUUGGUCUUGCUGAAGAGAUGCCCUCAAUUCAUAGCUCUAUGAAUGACUUGACAAUUACAAAGUGUAUAAAAAAAGCGCCAUUUGAUUCUUACAAGGAUGGUGUUCUUGAUUGUCUCCAACAUGCUCUUGCACAGGCUGAAAGUGAUUUCCUUUACAUGGUCAAGCAAGAAAUGGAUGAUCGUCCUGAUUUAGUUUCGAUCGGUUCUUGUGUUCUGGUUGCGCUCCUUCAUCAACAGGACCUUUUUAUUCUCAGCUUAGGUGAUAGCAGAGCUGUAUUAGCAACAAUUGGAGAUGCUGAGAACUAUAACAAUGAAGUAUUGGAAGCUAUCCAACUCACUGAAUGCCACUCUGUUGAUAAUGAAAUUGAACGAAUGCGAGUUAUAUCUGAACACCCUGAUGAUCCUAAAACAAUUGUAAAUGGAAAGGUGAAAGGAAAGUUGAAGCUAACUCGGGCAUUUGGAGUAGGUUAUCUGAAGAAGAAGAACAUGAAUGAAGCUCUUAUGGGAAUUCUUCGAGUUUCAAACCUCUCAAGCCCUCCUUAUAUUUCUGUUGAACCGUCACUCAAAUUCCAUAGAGUUUCAACCGGCGAUCGCUUUGUGUUAAUGGCUAGUGAUGGCCUAUUUGACUUUUUCAGCAAUGCAGAAGCUGUAGAACUUGUUAGUUCCUUUGUCAUAAGUAGUCCAUUAGGUAAUCCUGCGGAGUUUAUAGUGGAGCAACUCGUAUUAAGAGCAUCUAAAAAAGCAGGUUUUACUUUGGAAGAACUUAUGAGGGUGCCCUCUGGAAUGAGAAGAAAGUAUCACGAUGAUGUAACAGUUAUGGUGAUCCUCCUAGGAGGUCAACAGAGGAUGUCAACUGCAUCGACAUAUUAAAAUUUAGAUGAAUACUGUAACUCAGAUCGACCAGGUACACUCUUUUCAUAUUACCAGCUUUCAAUGUGAAUUACAUGCAAAAUGUAUAGCUUACAAAGAUUCGAUACUUUGGUAUAUAAUUUCAAUUCCUUUAUUUCAUUCAAAGCAAGACUGAAUUACUUAUUGUUAAUGAUAUAACACUAAACCUUGAUGUGUGUGUGACUGUUA